AUGAGCUCUAUCGGAACUAUCUGGACGUACCCAUCUAACCCACGGGCUAUGAAGAUUGAGGCCGUAGCGGCAGUAAACGGACGGACGGUAGACUAUGCUCCCAAUUUCGUCAUGGGCAAGACGAACAAGUCGCCUGAGUUUGUCAGCGAUUUUCCUACGGGAAGGGUUCCGACUUUCAAAUCUGCCAAAGGCCUCUACAUUUUUGAAUCAGAUGCCAUCGCCCAGUAUGUCGCCGAGUGUGGCCCCUCGAGUAUCCAAUUGCUAGGCUCCACCGUGGAGGAGCGCGCUAUUAUUCGACAGUGGAUCGGUUUCGCCGACCACGAGCUUUUUGAGCCUUUGACGACUCUGAUUCUCUGGAGGUACGGCAUGGCCCCCUUUGACGAAGAGGCAGACAAGUCCGCGUUUCAGCGCCUCAUCGCCUCCCUUGUGGUGUUGGAAAAGCAACUAGAAGGUCGUCAGUAUAUCGCUUCGGAGCAGCUUAGCCUAGCGGACAUCUCCGUUGCCGCUAGCCUAUACUGGGGAUUUGCGCAGAUCAUUGAUCGGGCACUUAGGGCCGAAUACAGCCGUACAACGGAGUGGUAUCUACGGGUCAUUCAGGAUGAAAGUGUCCAUUCUGCUUUUGGCGAGAAGAACUUUAUUGAGGUUAGGAACAGUGCUAUUUCCAGGUAA